CCUCCCUCUCUCUCCCUAUAAUCGGCGGAAAUCAUCAAUCUGCCACAAGCACCGCCUCGCCGGAGCUCCGUCCGCCCUGCCUCGUCGUCCGUCCCUCCUGUCUCGCCGCCCGCCCCGCCUGCCUCCUUCCGCUCUCUCUGCCAAUCGACGCCGCCACGCCCACCGCCGGGUUUCCUUCCAUCCUGCUUAACUGUCUGUUUGGCCGGCUGCCUCCGGCUCUUCCGCUGCUGCUGCUGCCUACCUACGUCCCUUCCGCCGCACUUCCUCCGACCCUUCUGCCAGCCUCAAUAAUCAGAAUAAAAUGCCUACGGAUUUAUGCACUCAACGCCCACUCUUUGGUGGCGCCGUCUCCUCCACCUUUCCGCUUCGCUUCCAGGACGUAAGCAACAUGCGCCAAGUUCCUGAUCAUCAGGAGGUUUUUGUGGAUCCAUCGCGCGACGAGAGCUUGAUAUUUGAGCUCCUCGACUUGAAGACAGAUGUGGCGGAUCACGGAAGUGCCACGUGGUUUCUUCAAGACCUGGCUAAUGAGCAAGAUGCUGAAGGAGCAACGGUACAAUUAGAGUUCUUAAUCUCACCUCCUUUUUCCUUACUGCAACUGCUUUCUAGUUUUGCUCUUCUUCCCUGGCUCAUCUUCUGCACCCCUUCUUGCAGCCCUUUGAGUGAGAGUGCUGCAACAGUCGGUGCCGGCUUAGCCGUGCCUGCUGCACAGUCCAGAUGCAUGCCGAUGGAGGAGGUCUUCAGAGGUGCUAUCUCUAGUUUCAAGGUGAAUGACUGGAGCCUUUUUGGUGCCGUGGCUUGAGCUAGGCAUCUUGCUUACGUUACGGUUUCCGCUGUUUGUCUUUUAUCUAGAAUCGUUGGCAUUUCGACUAUACAUGUGUGUCUUUACGAAGAAAAAGUAUCCAAGAUAAUAGUGUUAUACUAUAUAUUAAUCUUGAGUAAAGGUCAAAAUUGGUCCUGAA